GAAGGAAAUUCUGCAAUAUGCUACAAUAUGGGUGAACCUAGAUGACAUUAUGCUGAGUGAAGUAAGUCAGUUACAGAAAGACAAGUCAUUGCGUGCUUCUAUUUAUAUGAGAUACUUAGUGUAGUCAAAAUCAUAAAGGCAGAAAGUAUAGUGGUGGUGGCCAGGGGCUAAGGGGAAGGAAGAUACAGAGUUUCAGUUUUACAAGAUGAAAAGAUUUAUGGGGACAAAUGGUGGUGAUGGUUGCACAAUUUGAAUUAAUAUCACUGAACUGUACAUUUAAAAAUGAUCAAGAAGGUAAAUUUUAUGUUACGUGUAUUUUACCACAAUAAAAAAUUUCCAAGGAAAGCCCCCAAACAUACAAAAUAUAUUGCAAGGAGUCAGUCCCAUUUUUCUCCUACAUCUUCCCGAUUCCCUCUCUCUCUGCCCCAAGGUAACCAAUCUUGUUAGUUUCUGUAUCUCCUUCCAGGUUUUCUUUUUGCCAAUAGAAGCAAAUAUAAAGCUAUAUUCUUUACCUUCUGACCUUUUAAAAAUUUUAUAUUAGAAAAAAUUUUAACUACUUUUUCUGAAAUAUGUAGCACAAGGAGCUAAUAAGUACUCAGCUUGAAUGAACUCACAAGAUGGAGACUUGGAAGAGGAUAGCUAUUUGAUGAGAGGGUAAAAUAAUCUUGCUGGCUCACCACCAGUGGGGCCUCUAUGGAAGCUCCUCAGAGUUAUCUUUUCUCUGGAGCUCUCCUAGACCACUCCCUCUGAUGCAAUAUAUGGGUUUGGACAGAAAGGAGGGUGCUGCACAGCCCGCCCCUUCUGAGCUGUCUGGGCUGGCUCCUCCUAGAACAAUUCAGGCUUCACAGCAAUUCAGACCUCAGCUCCAACAUCUACAUUCUGAAGCAAGGAUGGCUGAGAUGGACAGAAUGCUUCAUUCUGGAAAGAAACGGUGUUCCAGGUCAAGCUGAGUUGACCAAAUACAGACCCCCUCUACAGUUCUAGAAGAAAUUUUGGCAAGUCUUAUCAUGUGGUUUUUCUACACCUUGAUUCCAUGUUUGCUCAUUGAUGGAGUGGCCAUCCUGCCUGCCCCUCAGAACCUCUCUGUACAAUCAACCAACAUGAAGCAUCUCUUGACGUGGAGCCCAGUGAUGGUGCCUGGAGAAAUAAUAUACUAUUUCGUCGAGUACCAGGGAGAGUACGAGAGCCUGUACAUGAGCCACGUCUGGAUCCCCAGCAGCUGGUGCUCACCCACCAAAGGUCCUGAGUGUGACAUCACUGAUGACAUCACUGCCACUGUGCCGUACAAUCUCCGUGUCAGAGCCACCCAGGGCUCAGAAACCUCAGCCUGGAGCACCCUGAAGCCUCCCUUCAAUCGAAAUUCAAGAACAUGUCAAAGUGGUGAGGAGCAGGGGCAUUCCGGUGCACCUGGAAACCAUGGAACCAGGGGCUGCAUACUGUGUGAAGGUCCAGACAUUCGUGAAGGCCAUCGGGAGACACAGCCCUUUCAGCCAGGCAGAAUGUGUCAAGGUGCAAGGAGAGACCCUCCCCCUGGCGCUGGCCCUGUUUGGGUUUGUUGGCUUCAUGCUGAUCCUCGUGGUUGUGCCCCUUUCCAUCUGGAAAAUGGGCCGGCUGCUCCGGCACUCCUGUUGCCCCGUGGUGGUGCUUCCCGACACCUUGAAAAUAACCAAUUCACCCCAGAAGUUAAUCAGCUGCAGGAGGGAAGAGGUAGAAGCCUGUGCCACUGCCAUGCUGUCUUCGGAGGAACCCUUCAGGACCUGGAUCUAGCAGGCUUUGGAAGGGCCCAGUUGAAACUGAGAAGCUGGUUGGCAUGGCACAGAAAUAAGGAAGGGAAAGGCUGUGGCUCAGUUUUCCUCCAUGGACAAAGGACAAGAAAAGCAAGAAGAGCCUGCUGGGUCCAUGUCUAGAAGCGACUGUCAGAAGCAGAGUGGUCUGGCAGACAGAGCACUGAGUUGGGGUGAGAAGAUGUGGCCUCUUAGAACUGGAUCUGUCUGCCAUUCACUGAUUGAAUGACCUGGAGAAAGUGACUUGAAAUGGGGGAAUUCACUAUACAACCGUUAAACCACUAUAUAUAUAUAUAUAUAUAUAUAUAUAUAUAUAUAUAUGUAUAUCCAGUACUUGCAGAGCUUUGGGAAGCUGGCAACACUGUACAUUGUGAUUGUUUCACCUUCUCUGCAGAAUAUAACAAGAGUGUAACAAGAAUGAUAAAAACUCUUCACACCGGCUGGCUUGGAGAUCCCACUUUCCUAAAGGAAACCUUGAAGAGGAAAGGAAGGAUGGGCACAACAGUGUUGACUUCGCUUCCAGCCAAAUGCCUGUGCGGAGGUGAAUGGCUCAGCCAGCUCUACAAUACAUGACCUAGAGGGAGGCCCCAGGCCCAUGGAAAAUGGGAUGCUGUGGAUUCAUGAGAUACUAUAAAGAGUAAAUAAUGUGUGCACACUAAAGGCAGGUAAAAUGUACAUGUACGAGGAGAGGAGAAUGCAGGAGGAUGUCAAUAAUGUGUGAUGUUUGCUGUGUUCCCUUUACCUGUAGAGUUGUUAAAGUAUAGAAUUAAAAAUAAAAAAGGGUCACCUUGGUAAUCUUUUUGGCUUCUUCCAAAAAAGUGGUCUUUGGGGUUCUAGUUACAUUAUCAACCUUGUGUCCAGAGAGGCUCCUGAAGACCACUGUUGGUCAGGAGUUGUGGGGGUGACCUCAGGUAGGGGAUGGGACAGGGAAGGAGAGCAGGCAGCUUCUGGCUUCAUGAGAACCCUGACUGAUGCAGCCGGCCACAGCUUUACCUGGUCAGGGUGAUCCUGGAUCUUCCUGGAGGCCUUGCUCUACAGGAAAUCCCUUUGGGUACCUCUUCUGCCUAAGACAGCUUCACUCAAGGUGUCCUCAGCCCCUUCCAGCAUGUUCAUCCAUGACUCACCUCUGGAAGCCUCUUCCUGCCCUUCUCCCUACCAGGUGAGGAAAAGAGUCAGGGUUAGAGAAGGAAUAAAGAGGGAAGUUUCUUGAGAAGUAAAAGGUUUGAUGGGCAAGACCUGUGCCUCCCUUCUUAGCCACCACCCCCUCCCAGCUUUGGAGCCUCAGAGCUGGUUUGUCUCCAUGCCAAAUUCUUGGGUGCCUUCCAGCCAGCCCAGAGGUGGGGACAAUCUAACUGUUUCAACCAGAUAGCUUCCCCUACAAGAUAGAGGCCUACAACUCCCUCUCCACCCGGUGGGGUCUCAAGUAGCUAGAGGUGGACUCUCCAGAAAGAUGACAUUACAGAAGAUCUUUUCCUUUGUACCAUUUAUAUGCUUCUGUGUUGUUUGACUCUUUCAUGAAGAGUAUGUGUUGAUUUUAUAUUUAGCCUAAAUUGGAGACAUAUUUUCAGUUUGUAAAAAUAAAGGCCAUCUUACUCUA